AUGGAUUCAAUCAUUAUUCAGGAGCGGUUAGUGGAGCGGCUGCUUUCUCCCCGGACGCAGGCACAGCGAAGCCACCCGGCCAAGCUGAAGGAUCAUGAGAAGCAGUACGUGGGCUUUGCCACUCUGCCGAACCAGGUCCACCGGAAAUCCGUGAAGAAGGGUUUCGACUUCACCCUGAUGGUCGCAGGAGAGUCGGGUCUGGGCAAAUCCACGCUGGUGAAUAGCCUGUUCCUGACAGACCUCUACAAAGACAGAAAGCUGCUCAACGCAGAGGAGAGAAUCAACCAGACAGUGGAGAUCGUCAAGCAUACGGUGGACAUUGAGGAGAAGGGUGUCAAGCUGAAGCUGACCAUAGUGGACACACCAGGCUUUGGAGAUGCUGUUAACAACACUGAGUGCUGGAAGCCCAUCACUGACUACAUCGACCAGCAGUUUGAACAGUAUUUCCGUGAUGAGAGUGGCCUGAACCGGAAGAACAUCCAGGACAACCGAGUGCAUUGCUGCCUCUACUUCAUCUCGCCCUUCGGGCACGGGCUGAGGCCUGUGGAUGUUGAGUUCAUGAAGGCUCUGCAUGAGAAGGUCAACAUUGUGCCGCUGAUUGCCAAAGCUGAUUGCCUGAUCCCCUCCGAGAUCCGGAAGCUAAAAGAGAGGAUCCGAGAAGAGAUUGACAAAUUUAGCAUUAAAGUGUACCAGUUUCCUGAAUGUGACUCUGAUGAAGAUGAGGAGUUCAAGCAGCAAGACAGAGAGCUGAAGGAGAGCGCUCCCUUUGCCGUCAUCGGCAGUAACACUGUGGUGGAGGCGAAAGGCCAGCGAGUUCGUGGACGGCUCUACCCCUGGGGCAUUGUGGAAGUGGAAAACCAGGCACACUGCGACUUUGUGAAGCUGAGGAACAUGCUGAUCCGGACACACAUGCAUGACCUGAAGGACGUCACUUGCGAUGUCCACUAUGAGAACUACCGAGCUCAGUGCAUCCAGCAAAUGACCAGCAAGCUGACUCAGGACAACAGGAUAGAAAGCCCAAUUCCUAUCCUGCCUCUCCCAACACCGGACACUGAGACAGAGAAGCUGAUCAAAAUGAAGGAUGAGGAGUUACGGCGAAUGCAAGAGAUGCUGCAGAAGAUGCAGCAGCAGAUGCAGGACCAGUAAGAGGACCAGUGACCAUCUGAGGCCUGGCAAGAGCUGUGGACGUUUAGAAAAGGUUUCGUGUUGUAUAGAGACUUGUGGGCAAGACCUGUACCCGCACCCUCUAAUUUAUUAGCAGCAAUGCUGGCUUUGCAGUCAGCUGGAUUGUGGAGGAGGCUGUUCAUUUAACAGUUUACUGAUGUGUACUUCUUUUUUAAUAAUUAUUCUUUCUUUUCUUUUUCUUUUUUUUUUUUUUUUUU